UCACAACUCUGCCGCUCUCAGUCUUCUCUGGUCUUCUCUCUGUUCGUUAUAGUGUUUUUUCCAAGUACGAAAGUAACCUCCAAACGCUUCUGUCAUAAUUCACCGUCCUGGCCGAGAAGAUAUUUAUUUCGCGAGCAUUUUUCGCGACACACAACCCGUGAAAUGUCGUCCGUCAAAUUGCUAGAAGACAGAAUUGCCAAUUUGGAGAAGCAGUUGUACGGACUUGGCAGAACGAUGGGGGUCGACGACCCAGCGCCGUCGAACGCCAUCCUCGACCGGCUCGCUAACGUCAACUCGUUGAUCAGCUCGGCGUUGUCAGGUAGAGAGAAACCGAACGCGCUUAUCAAGCGCCUGUCGGAGUUGAACGGCUACUUGGAGCCCACCUCCGAGGAAGUCGAUAUGCCGGCGAGCGCCAAGGCGCAAUUGUUGUUGACGAUGGAACCCGAGAUCAUGGAGACCCACAAACUGUUAACCAAAGUGGAGGAACUCAUGCCUGUGUUAGAGUCGGAGCGUAUAAAAAACGCGCCCGAAUUGAACAAGUUCAACAAGAUAUCGCUGUCGUAUCUCGAGGCUUACGACGACUCCAAAGAGCUGAGCGCUCACGUACACGAUCUGUUAUCCAAGUAUAACACGGUUAUAAAUAGUAUAUCAGAGUCGUUAAUUAUUUUAGAUAAUGCGGUUACAGCCGCGGAAAUAGCAGCUAAGCCGAAGAAACAAGUGGAUUAACAAGAUUAAUUGUUUGUCCCACUUGAGUACAUAUUAUUAAUUUAUCUCGUGUUUUAAUACAUGUUUUAAUAGUUCCAUUUUGUACGGUGCAAAUUCACUUUUAUCGUCGUAUCUUUUCGCUCUAUUUAAAUGCAUUAUUAAUUUAUGGUGUUUUAAUAUAAAUUGAUAGUUCAGUUUCUACUUCAAUUUUGUAUAGUUUACUUUUAGCACUUAUCUUUUAACUUAUUUGUCGUAGAGAUUUUUAUUUUAGAAGCAAUUUGGGGUCAGUAACAGGAAGGUAAUACCGGGCCUGUGUAAAAUACAUUUAUUUACCACUUUUACUUGAAAUAUAAAAAUACGCAUUCAUCACUGACUACGUAUACAUGAACAUACUUUAUUGUAUUUAUUAUUUAAUCUCUAUAACAAUGCGUUUUAUUAAAAAAUAGUCAUAUAUUAUAUACAUUUAUCCUACUUACUUUUCUAGUUGUAUCCAUGGUUCAUUUCAGGAAUCCUUAUUUAGGAUCUCUGAGACAAACUGUUGAUUCAUAUAUAAUGGGACAUGAAUAUGUAUCGGUCUCUCGCAUUAAAUUAUUACCUUGCAAUUGGUGUACAUAAAGUGCAAUAGAAAUAUCUAAGAUAUCACAAAAAUUAUUUUAGUUCGAUUGAGGCGAUAACAAAUUUCGUGUAAUUAUGUAAGUAGGCAUUUUGAGUAUAGAAAUGUUAUAAAAUUUAUCUUUAAGAGACCUGUUACACUAACAAAUUCUUAUACCACAUUAUUUAUAAUAAACAAUUACUUUAUACAGUA